UAAACAAACAGAAAAACCGCGCGCGCGAGAACUUCGUCGCACCGAAAUUCGUGUCGUCACGAUCGGUUCCGGAAAUUCGCGCAUACGACCAAACUAUGGACCCCACCAACACCAGCGGCAUGCUGUCCAAUCCGGGCCAGUGGAAGCGACCGGAUGAAAUUUUGCGCCUGCAACGUCUUAAGCAGAAGCAGAAGGCACUUCAGGCACGCAUCCAGCGACCCUCUUCCGGGAGCGGGGGGACGACGACCGUGGCCAGUGGGGGAAGUGCACCCGGUGGGGAUCCGUUUGCUGGGAACCAGAAGCGGAAGAAUCCGUUUUCAAAAAAUGAAGACAACGGUGCAAAGAAGCUCAAGCAGGUCAACGAACCGGAUUUGGGUGGAGAUGAGAGCAUUUUUGAGUUGCUUAGUAAAACGACGGCCAAGGAGGUGCCGAACAUCGAGGCCCCGCUGGCGAAACCCCUCGAGACUAGGUUUCGGAUCGACCAGCAGCAGCAACUGUUUGUGGAUCCGACGGCCGCGCCGGUGGUUCAGGAACCGGUCCAGAUUCCCUGCAAACACCUGCCCAUCCACUGGAGCAUCAAAAGUAGACUGCGACUCGUGUGUAAAACGGCAAUCCCCGGGAAUAACCUUCGAACAAACCAGGAAGCCAGCGGAUUGACCUCGUUUGUUCGUUGCAUCAACCUGAAAGAUUCCUCCGCCGGGCUGGACAUUUCGCCUGGAGCGAGAUUUUACCAGAGCACGCUGUACUGGCAGCAUCCGCACCUCCCCUGGCUCACCCUCUUCCCCCGGAACUCCAAAAACAACCACGCCGCCGUCGUCCUCGGCGAACCGGAACGGGCCAUCCUCGCAAAAGAGUGGGCCGUCAGCUUCCGGAACCUGUUCCAGCUGGUCCGCGCGCGCCAGUGUCCCUACUUUUACGUGUGCGCCAACAGCUUCACCGUGCUGUUCCGGGCGGCCGGAAUCGGUGGCCGCGUCGAGACGCACGCCCUGCUGACGCCCACCUCCCGGGGAAUGCGGGCCGCGCUCAAGCAGGAGGACAUUGAGUUUACGAUGCCGAUGAAAAAGACGGCACAGGUACAGGAUGCUGGCGGUGGCAAGCAGGACUUGAACCGGUCCGGCGAGUCCGGAAUCAGCGUCAACAAUGGCAGCUUUUCGAACUCGUCCGAGGAGCAGUCGACGAACACCCAACUGUGCGACGAGGAUGCCGGCAGUGAGGACGACGACGACAUGGAGGAGGAAAAGUGGCUCGAAAGUCUCGGCGUGGAGGCGGAAGAGAUCAAAAAGAUCAACUACAACCAGGCCAAAAAGGUGCAGCACCGGGAGUGCGACGACGACUACAGUGACCAAUCGACGGUGCUGAUCGAGGGCGUCGAGUGUCAGGCGUUCUUCAACUUUUUGCUGAACGCGAAGAGCACAACGACCAAGGUGGGCCGGCUGGCGGGAGUUCCGCCGACCCUGUUGGCACCGGUGUCCUUCGUGGGAGCCACACUGCGAACGCUGACGACCCGCUCGAGCAAGAUCCGGAUGGAGGGACAGGACUAUCACAGCACGGAACUGCAGGGAGUCAUUCUGCCGCACGUGAUGCCCUAUCUGUGCGGGUUGCUGACGGAAAUGAAGGACAACUUUAGCGCCACGAUGGUCAGCGUACAGAACACGGCGGCCUUUUGUAAAGUUUCCCAGAAGCUGAUCGACGACGCGGACAAGGAGAAUGAGGCGACGGCUUCCGGGGAUCAGGUGCUGUGGAAGGAGAACCUUUCCGACAGUGGACUGUCGGAGCUGAUUCUGGAGACGAUGUGUAGGGCGAGCAAAGAUUCCGUGCAUGAUAUGGAGCGAAUGGUUUACAGUAAAGAGGCGGGCGGGUACACGUGGAGUUAGGAAUAAAGUGAUUUAGAAACCAUU